AUGUACAAACAAAAAACAGUGCGCAGUCCGUAUUUGUCUUUGACCUACGACUCUCGUCCGCAGGUGGUCAACUUGUGUUCCUCCGAAACUGAGCCCCUGAGAUCUUCGAUUCCAGCUCCGCCAAUCGGAUGCAAACAACAUUUCCGAGCUUAUCCAGGUUAAAGACAAAAAAUGAACAAUAAAUCCUUUGUUGUAGAAUUAUUUUUUCUCUUUUCCAUCAAAUUUCUGGUGUAGAGUGUAUACACAAAAAUCGAAAAGAAAUAAAAAAUUUCAGAACUUUCAAAAAUUCAUUAUUCCUUUCAAAUCAACUCGAUUGUUACAACAAAAUCGAAAGCCACAAGUGAACGAUUGAAAGAAAAAAAUCGAGGGCCUCUGAUUUUCGCACGCCCUCAUUCGCUUGAUUGAUGUCUGCUAAUUUAGGAGGCAGACGCGAAAAAAAAAACGGCAAAAGUCCAUUUUUCAUAUGAAAAAAGCUGCACGCUGCUCUGAUAGAUUUUGAUGAGCCUUUCUCAACUGUUUCAACACUUUCUUUUCCAGAAUUCUUUGGAAAGUUAAAGAACUUGAUGAAAGAAAUCAAGGAAUAGCCAAAAUGGAAAACUGGAAAGAAGAAGAAAAAGCAGAGAUCUACGAACCUGAGUACUUGGUCCUGGGAGGCAGCAGCUGAGCGUCGCCUGCGGACGCCGUGACGACGACUUCAUCGACGCUACCGGAGCGGGAAAUGACAUGACUGAAAGGGACGGCGAGGAGAAGAAGUGCGACGACGGCUCCGAGUGA